AUGAAUCUAUCUAUAUCUCUGUUUGGUGGCCUUCAAUUCGCAUUCUCUCGAUUUCUCUCUUUCUUCUUAUCUCUUCAUUUUCUACAUAUUUCACUUUUUCUUAGCCUUCAAUUCGUAUUCUUUCAAUUUCUCUUUAUCUUCUUAUCUCUUCAUAUUCUACAUAUUUCUCUUUUUCUUAGCCUUCAAAUAUCAUUCUUUCGAUUUUUCUUCUCAUCUCAUCAUAUUCUACCUAUUUCUCUUUUUCAUAGCCUUCAAUUCGCAUUCUUUCGAUUUCUCUUCUUAUCUCAUCAUAUUCUACCCGAUUCUCUUUUUCUUAGCCUUCAAUUCAUAUUCUUUCACUUCCUUUUUAUCUACUUAUCUCUUCAUAUUCUACCUAUUUCUCUUUAUCUUAGCCUUCAAUUUGCAUUCUUUCUAUUCCUCUUUAUCGUCUUAUCUCUUCAUAUUCUACCCAUUUCUCUUUUUCUUAGCCUUCAAUUCGAAUUCUUUCGAUUUCUCUUCUUAUCUCAUCAUAUUCUACCUGAUUCUCUUUUUCUUAGACUUCAAUUCAUAUUCUUUCACUUCCUUUUUAUCUUCUUAUCUCUUCAUAUUCUACCGAUUUCUCUUUUAAUUAGCCUUCAAUUUGCAUUCUUUCAAUUUCUCUUUAUCGUCUUAUCUCUUCAUAUUCUACCCAUUUCUCUUUUCCUUAGCCUUCAAUUCCCUUCAAUUAUCAUUCUUUCGAUUUCUCUUCUUAUCUCAUCAUAUUCUACCUAUUUCUCUUUUUGUAGCCUUCAAUUAGCAUUCUUUCGAUUUCUUUUUUUCUUCUUAUCUCAUCGUAUUCAACAUAUUUCUCUUUUUCUUGGCUUUCAAAUCUCAUUCUUUCAAUUCCUCUUUCUUUCAAAUCGCAUUGUUUCCAUUCCUUUUUGUCUUCUUAUCUUCUCAUAUUCUAUUUCUCUUUUUCUUAGCCUUGAAAUCUUAUUCUUUCGAUUUCUCUUUUUCUUCUUGUCUCUUCAUAUUCUAUCUAUUUCUCUUUUUCUUAGCCUUCAAUUCUCAUUCUUUCGAUUUCUCUUUUUCUUGUUAUCUCUUCAUAUUCUAUCUAUUUCUCUUUUUCUUAGCCUUCAAUUCUCAUUCUUUCUGAGUUCUUUUUUUCUUCUUAUCUCAUCAUAUUCUAUUUCUCUUUUCUUAGCCUUCAAUUCUCAUUCUUUCAUUCUCUUUUUCUUCUUAUCUCAUCAUAUUCUAUCUAUUUCUCUUUUUCUUAGCCUUCAAUUCUCAUUCUUUCAAUUUCUCUUUUUCUUCUUAUCUCUUCAUAUUCUAUCUAUUUCUCUUUUUCUUAGCCUUCAAUUCUCAUUCUUUCGAGUUCUCUUUUUCUUCUUAUCUCAUCAUAUUCUAUUUCUCUUUUUCUUAGCCUUCAAUUCUCAUUCUUUCAAUUUCUCUUUUUCUUCUUAUCUCUUCAUAUUCUAUCUAUUUCUCUUUUUCUUAGCCUUCAAUUCUCAUUCUUUCGAGUUCUCUCUUUCUUCUUAUCUCAUCAUAUUCUAUCUAUUUCUCUUUUUCUUAGCCUUCAAUUCUGAUUCUUUCGAUUUCUCUUUUUCUUGUUAUCUCUUCAUAUUCUAUCUAUUUCUCUUUUUCUUAGCCUUCAAUUCUCAUUCUUUCGAGUUCUCUUUUUCUUCUUAUCUCUUCAUAUUCUAUCUAUUUCUCUUUUUCUUUGCCUUCAAUUCUCAUUCUUUUGAUUUCUCUUUUUCUUCUUAUCUCUUCAUAUUCUAUCUAUUUCUCUUUUUCUUAGCCUUCAAUUCGCAUUCUUUUGAUUUCUCAUUUUCUUCUUAUCUCUUCAUAUUCUACAUAUUUCUUAGCCUUCAAUUCUCAUUCUUUGGAUUUCUCUUUUUCUUCUUAUCUUUUCAUAUUCUACAUAUUUCUCUUCUUCUUAGCCUUCAAUUCUCAUUCUUUGGAUUUCUCUUUUUCUUCUUAUCUUUUCAUAUUCUACAUAUUUCUCUUCUUCUUAGCCUUCAAUUCUCAUUCUUUGGAUUUCUCUUUUUCUUCUUAUCUUUUCAUAUUCUACAUAUUUCUCUUCUUCUUAGCCUUCCAUUCUCCUUCUUUGGAUUUCUCCUUUUCUUUCCUAUCUCUUCAUAUUCUAUUUCUCUGUUCCUUAGCCUUCAAUUCACUCUCUCUUGA